AUGUAUCAAUGCCAUUUAUGCAAAGAAUUAUUUUUUAAAGUUAAAGAGCUACACUGUCAUCUACGUAAUCAUGAAGCCGCUGGUGAAUUAAGAAUGCCUGUUCGAUGUUGUCAAGAUAAGUGUACUAGUUCAUUUCGCAAUUUAUGGAACCUCAAAAGACACAUGGAUAAGUAUCACAAUCAGUCACAUUGCGAGAAAGAUGUUUGUGUCUCUGUCAUUAAUAGCAACACUUUAUGCAAUAAUGACGACGAUUGUAAUUAUGGAAGAGAAGAUCAAAAUAAGCGAUGCAAACUUUCAGACAUUCAUACUGAGGCAGUUUCUUUAGUAUCUUCUCUGAGAUCAAACAGUGGUUUGCCAAAUAAUAUAAUCUCAUGUGUCAUUCCAUCCUUCAAUCACACGACUGACUGUUUAGCAGAUUACUUAAAUGAACAAGUCCAGGAGUUGUUAAAGUGUGUGCCAAAUAUUCACCAAGAUGUUGUAAAUAAUAUUGAAGAAGUAUUUAACAAGGUUCGUAAUCCUCUUGAAUUUCUUUCUACAAAAUACAAGCAAGAUAAAUAUUUUGCUGAACAUCCUCUUUUUGUUAAUUCUGAAACACUUCCAAUUGGUACUAGGUAUGAGGUUAAAAAUGGACUCAAUAAAUUAAUCUAUGACACCUAUGAAUAUGUGUCAAUUGAAAACAAUCUUCGUAGCUUAUUUAGUAGUAAAGAAUUUGUUGAAUUGAUGUUUGGUAAUAAAACUAAAGACAAUGAUUUAAUUGACUGUUUUCAAGAUGGAGAACGCUGUAAAAAGCAUUACUUAUUUAGUAACGAUAAUAAAUUUUCUAUCAUGAUUCAGUUAUUCUAUGAUGGUAUGGGUACAACAAAUCCUCUUCGUGGAAAUGCAUCAACCAGUAAUGUUGAACGCUUUGUAAGUGAAAUACAAAAACUACAAUCCAUUGGCUUUUGUGGGGACUUUCCAAAAAUUGGUUCUAAACAAAUUUAUGUUGGUCUUUACCAGGUGUCUUGCGAUAUUCUUGCUCUCAAUGGGUUGUUUGGCUUCAUUGAAUGCUUUUCUGCAGAUUUCUUUUGCACUCUCUGUUUAGCAACCAAAAAAACCAUUCAAACUAAAACAUAUGAGUCUGAUUUCGAAAUGAGAACAAUAGCUUCUUAUAAUAAUGAUCUGAAAACAUUAGAAACCCUUGCUUUAGGAACUCAUAGCCAUGGUGUCAAAGCAACUUGCUCCUUAAAUAAAAUUCCUGGAUUUCAUGUUGUUGAAAACUUUGUUCUUGAUCCAAUGCAUACACUACUAGAAGGUGUUGUACCUUUUGAACUUGUUGAAAAAUCUAAACGACCACUCACAAUUUGCCAAAUUGAGAAACCAGGCAGAGGACUUUCACCUUCAAUGAAGGCUGUUCAAAUGUGGUCUUUGCUUAAGUAUUUACCUAUGAUUGUUGGUCGAUUUGUACCUGAAGAUGAUGGUUGCUGGAUUUUUUUGUUAAAUUUAUGUGAACUUGUGGAUUUAAUAUUUGCUCCUAAAUUUACCAAAGGAAUGAUAGCAUAUUUAAGAGUCUUUAUAUUGGAUCAUCUAUCAGGUUUUAAGGAUCUGUUUGGACAAGUAGCAAAGUUGCGUCCCAAACAUCACUUUCUGGUCCAUUUUCCCACAAUUAUAAAAAAUGGACCUCUUGUUGGAAUGAGUUGUCUUCGAUAUGAGAUGAAAAGUUCAUUUUUUAAAAGAUCUGCAAAUUAG